UGCUUCAUCACUUGGCCAAAUAAUUAGAUGACUGUAAGAUUCUGGAUAUUCUAAUUUCCUAUUCCUUAGGCAUGUGGCGCUACUUGAACUUUGCUAUUUAGAAUCACCUUAAAUGUUGAAAGGUGUUAAUGGUUCUAAAAAUUAUCUCAGCAUCACUGGCAGACAUUAGGAAAAUCUCAGGAAAACCUUUAUCAUUUCAUUAUAAUAGAGUAAGAUUUUCUGUCUUUAGCAGUGAGCAUUUUUUUUUCUUCUUUUACUUUUAACUGCUUAUCAAUCAGAAUGUCCUGAACAAAUGAUAUAAAAAUGUUAUUGGAAAUAUUAUUUGUGAAGCUUUUUCUUAUGAAUUUCCAAAAAUCUUUACUACGGUGGGGUACUCUAUAAAGCAGCAAAGCAGUCUUUGACUAGAAUGGGUUUAACUGAACCAGUCUAGCAACAUUCAGUUUCUAAGAAACAUUUAAAAUAGUUAUUCUUUUAAUUUUAAAGUAAGUUACAAGAGCAUACUGUAAUAAUAAAAGUGUUCUUUAAAUCAUGUCUAGAUUAUUUAUUGGCAGGUACUGCUUAUACCAGAAACACUUGUGCUCUAGACUAGGAACAUUAUAUUAAAGCCAUGAGUAUGAUACCUUUUCUUAUUUUAAUGCAGUAGAAUUUAGGUUGUACUUACGUUUCACUGUCAAUGCUGUGUAAAGCUUAAACCUAGUUGAACUCCUACAGGCUUUAGGGUUGACCACAUUUCAGGUCAAGGGGGGUCUACUUUUUGAGGCACAAAGAUUCCUACUAGAUAUAAGUAAAACUAGUUAGGAAACAUUAGAAAGUAUUGUCCUUCUUCAUAAAUUGAAGGAUCUGGAUUCCUUAAGGAUGGACUGAAUGAUGCUUACUUUUCUUUUUUCUGCUUCAAGUGUGCCAUUAUGGUUUAUAGUAGAGAAAAAUCAAGAAAAUAGUUACAACAAUUUUGCUUACGUGAUAGAUGUUUUGAAAAAUGUAGUUGAAAAGAGGAAUAAUUUUUAUAUGGUUACUAGGAUUCAGAAGUAAAUAGUACCUUCUAUUUAGUGAUCUGUAAAUAAUUGAAGUAAUGUAACACAUUUAAAUGUUUUACCAUAUCUCUUCCUGCCCUAUUACAUUGUAAAUGUAAUGUGCGUAAACUAUGUAGAUGUUAUCAUUUAUCUCGUGUAAUUGUGGGCCUUUAUAAAACUAUGUUGUAAGAUAAGCGACUUCUGUAAUCCAUGCUUCGGUGAGAAGUAAGAUGAUUUGUUUCUUCUGUUGACUAUUAAAACCUUGAGGAGACUGUACACUCCCUUUUUUAGAGUAGCUUUAUGUGAUAAUUUUAUGUGAUACUAGGGAAUAAUUUUUUGAUAAUAGGGAAUAAUUUUUCAAACAAUUGAAGACCUUAUAAAAUGUAUUCUUUCUAAUCUGCCUUGAAAAUUCAUAUGCAGAGGGUAUAUGUUGGUGGUCUUUUACUUUUAUGUUCUAUUUUAUGUGCUUAUCCUUCUAGAUUUGUUAGAUUUAUUAGUCUACAAGUAAAAAGUGACUGAGGAUUGAUUAUUGACCUUAACCAAAGUUUGGCAGGUUGCCAAACUUCAUAACCAGAUAACUCUCCCAAUUUUGACUGCUGUAGACACAAUGAAGCAGUUUUGUCAUAUAGAUUAUUGGGGGUGCAAAUGGAUCUCUUCUGUGUCACAAGUAGCCUACAUCUGUGUAGUCCUCAAUUUGUGUCCCCAUUGAAAGCCAAAAUGUUGUAAAUAUUUUGUAUUUUCCAGUAUUAGGGAUGGAUUCAAAGAAAGUUUUGAGUAGUUUGUGAACUUUAACAAAUGACUUUUCCCAAGACUAGGGCUGGGCUUAAAUAAUGACAGACAAAUCUUUUCUUUCUAAUAAAAUAGAAAGCUGCCAAAAAGCAGAUUUUUAAGCUAAGGUUUACUUAACUCAAUUCAUAUUUAAACACUGACUCAGAUAGCUUUCUAUCUGGUCUCAUGUUGAACUGCCCAGCCCUAAUCAGGUGUGAACAAAAGUAGAACUGUGCAAACCAGUAUGGUAUAAAUGAAUUUUAGUUGAUAAAUGUCAUCUGAUAAUUUGUCUUUUGAAUUGUCUAACAUUAGUAAGCUUACUUUUGUUUUUUCCCUCACUGUGCAACUCUUCCAGGUUUGGACCUUAUGAGUCUUACGACUCCAGGUCUUCUCUGGGUGGGCGAGAUCUGUACAGAUCUGGCUAUGGUUUUAAUGAACCCGAACAAAGCCGCUUCGGAGGUAGUUAUGGUGGUCGAUUUGAGAGCUCCUACCGGAAUAGCCUUGACUCUUUCGGAGGUAGAAACCAGGGCGGGUCUAGCUGGGAAGCACCUUACUCCCGUUCAAAAUUGAGGCCUGGGUUUAUGGAGGACAGAGGAAGAGAGAAUUACUCUUCCUACAGCAGUUUUUCUUCACCCCAUAUGAAGCCUGCACCUGUAGGCUCUCGGGGGAGAGGAACGCCUGCUUAUCCUGAAAGUACGUUUGGAAGCAGAAACUAUGAUGCUUUUGGAGGACCAUCAACAGGCAGAGGCCGAGGCCGAGGACAUAUGAGUGAUUUUGGAAGCAUUCAUAGACCUGGAAUUGUUGUUGACUAUCAAAACAAACCCACCAAUGUGACAGUUACUGCUGCAAGAGGAAUAAAGAGAAAAAUGAUGCAACCAUUUAAUAAGCCUGGUGGAACCUUUAUCAAGAAACCCAAGCUAGCAAAACCUGUGGAGAAGAUGAGCCUCAGCAAAUCACCCACAAAAACAGAUCCUAAAAAUGAAGAAGAAGAAAAGCGACGAAUUGAGGCUCGGCGAGAGAAACAAAGGCGCAGAAGAGAAAAAAACAGUGAGAAAUAUGGAGAUGGAUACAGAAUGGCAUUCACAUGUUCAUUUUGUAAAUUUCGAACAUUUGAAGAAAAAGAUAUUGAACUGCAUCUGGAAAGUUCUUCACACCAGGAAACAUUAGAUCAUAUUCAAAAACAAACCAAAUUCGAUAAAGUAGUUAUGGAAUUUUUGCAUGAAUGUAUGGUAAAUAAAUUCAAGAAAACAUCUAUUCGUAAGCAACAGACAAAUAAUCAAACAGAAGUAGUCAAAAUAAUUGAAAAAGAUGUCAUGGAAGGUGUUACUGCAGAUGAUCACAUGAUGAAAGUAGAGACUGUUCACUGCAGUGCUUGCAGUGUGUAUAUCCCUGCUUUACAUAGCUCAGUUCAGCAGCACUUAAAAUCUCCUGAUCAUAUCAAAGGGAAGCAGGCUUAUAAGGAACAAAUAAAAAGAGAGAGUGUCUUGACUGCUACAAGCAUUUUAAAUAAUCCAAUAGUGAAGGCGCGAUAUGAACGUUUUAUUAAGGUCACCAUGUAUGAAAAUGUUUUGGAGAGCAAUACUAAUGAUAGCAAUCGUAUUAAUAACGGGAGUUACAUUUUUGGGAACGUUCUAAUGUAUGCCAAACAUUGUGCUAGAUAUUUACGUGGAUUUUAUCACUCCAAAGAGGGAGCUCUUUUUAAUAUUCCUAUUCUGCAGAUGGGGAAAAUAAAGCUUAGGAGAGUGAAAGCAGAAGAAAAACUCAAGUGCCCUGAUCCAGCAAGAGACCGUCAAACGUCGGCCAGGAGACCCUUUGCAGCAGGUGGACCAGGAGACAGGGCUCAUAAUUUUGGGAUCCCCAGUCUGGACGAUGACAUGUUACUGGGCAGCAAUGCAUCUGAAGAAAUUGAAAAUAACAACGAGAAUAACAAGGCAAAAUAA